AUGAAAACAACUUUGUUUGUUGCAGGCUUUGAAUCCAGUACACGUGCUCGAGAUCUUGCAUACGAAUUCGAAAGAUAUGGCCGUUUGGUGCGUUGUGAUAUACCAGCACCCAAGAGUGCAUCAUCCAAGCCUUAUGCCUUUGUCGAAUUUGAAGAUGCACGUGAUGCUGAAGAUGCGUUUAAUGAAAUGCAUGGGCGUCGUAUAGAUGGACGUACCAUUAGUGUCCAGUGGGCUAGGAAUGCACCAAGUGCUCGUUGGCGUUUCGAUCCUCCAAAUCGUCGUUUACAUUCACAAAGUCCACCACCUCCACCUCCUGCUCGUUACAACAGUCGUCGAUCACGUAGUCCAUAUUAUCGUCGAUCACUUUCGCCAAGAGGUCGUUCUCCACCUCCACCUCCACCUCUUUAUCGUUAUCGAUCGCGUUCUCCAGUGCGUCGUGGUGAAUAUGGUCCUGAUGACAUUCCUCCUCCUCCUCCUCAUUAUCUUCAACAUCAUAACUCGAAUGCAUCACGUUCACCGCCACCCUACUCUUCAUCAAUGCCACGUCAAAGCUCAAGAUCCCCUUAA